AUGUUUAAAAAAUAUGACAACAGCAAUAGCUGCUACAAUGAACCAAAUUGUGAUGAAAUUGACCAUGCAGUACUGAUUGUUGGUUAUGGAACUCAUCAAACCUAUGGGGAUUACUGGAUUGUUAAAAACAGUUGGGGUACCGGUUGGGGAGAUAAUGGGUAUUUUUAUAUGGCACGAAAUAGAGGUAACAUGUGCGGUAUCAGUUCCGUAGCUUCAUUUCCCGUAUAA